AUGGGAAAUCAAGCGUGCUGCGGGAAUGGGACGGUUGGAGAGCCUGAGUCUGCGGCGCUUCCCCCACUGUCCAGCAAGCCAGAUGAGGAGGACGCCAUCGUCCUCAGCUCCAAGGGCGUGGUGGAAGAAGGGACGGCGGACGAGGCCCCGCCCUCCGCGCCCUCGAAGAAGAAGUUCAGCCGAGUCCUGUCAUCAGUGAGCUUGCAAGGCAUCGAGGUGGAUGAGAAUGAGAGAGUCUCGACAAAGAUGAUGGACAAGUUGAGGUCCAGCACCACCACCUCGGUGAACAGUGCCAACAGCAUGAGGUCGAAGAAGUCCAUCGUGGCGAUGAUCUCCCAGCUGUUCGUGCCCGUGAAGCGGCCGGACUUCAGCGGAGAGUGGAUCUGCACCGCUACAUGGGGCUUGGAUGACUUCUUGAAGAACAUGGGUAUUCCCUACGUGAAGCGCCUGGCGGCUGCAAAGGCCCCCUGGCCGAGCUGGGAGUUCCAGCAGGAGCAGGACAAAUUCAAGUUUACCAAUCACACCGUGAUGGGACCCAUUCCGGAGGUGUUUGUCGCAGAUGGAUCACCAUACCCCACUGUCGAUGCGCACAAGCAGACCUUGACAUGUGUAGCCACCUGGGAAGAUGCCACACUGGUCAUUGAGCGUUGUGGGCCUCAAGGGCGGUUCCGGGAGGAGCGCUUCAUUGACGCCGACGGGAAGCUUCAAUUCAAACUGCUGGGCCUAGAGGAGGGCCACGCCGUGUCCUGGGGCCGUACUUUUCGAAGGAAAGACCCUACCUGA